GGUGCGGUGGACUGUCGACGCUACUCGCGCGGUGAGCUACAGAGGGAAGAGACGGAUUUGGGAAAGAGACGAUCUGAGGAGAGAGAGAGAGAGAGAACUGUCAUUUGCGAGAAUUAGAAUAUAGAGAGCGAGGGAGAGAGAGAGAGAGGCCCUCCUUUGUAGGAAGGAAGAGGAGAUGAUGGUGAUGGGGGUUUCUCUAUCUAAGAUGCAACCAUCACUAUGCUUCACCUUUUCCUCCUCGUUCCUCUGAGUCACAACUCUCCUUUUUCGUUUUGUCCAGGGGUCGUCGAUCACAGAGGUGGGCAGUUGCAGGAGUAGUGGAGGUUUCCUCUUAGAAAGCCGAGCGGGAAGUUGAUGAUCCACCACAGACAAUAAAAUGUCUUCAUCAAACGAGACCGCUCCGUCGCCGGAUUCCCCAUCUUCUGCCACUGCUCCACCACCUCCCAAAUCGUCAGAUGGUGACGAUUCCGACUCGUCCUCCCCACCGGCCCCGGCAGCAUCCUCACCCCCAGAGUCAUCACCCUCGGAUUCAUCACCGCCGUCCCCUGCCUUGUCCCCACCUCCAUCUCCCUCUGAUGAAUCGUCUUCAUCUGCGCCACCACCUUCCAACGACAACAAUUCUCCUCCAGCGCCGCCUCCGAGUACUAGCUCCAGCAGUGGCUCUGUUUCGCCCCCACCGCGUUCUUCAUCCUUAGCUCCGCCACCACCGCCGAGUACCAAGGCAUUGUCGCCUCCACCUCCGCCUGCACACCGGACGCCUACGACAUCAUCUUCAUCUUCAUCUUCCUCUUCUUCUUCUUCAUCAUCAUCGUCGUCGUCGAGCAACUUGCCAAUGAUAAUUGGAGUCUCCAUCGGAUUGGGGUUGGUUCUCAUUAUUUUUAUUGCUAUCUGUAUCGCGUGUGCCGUGAGGAAGAAGAAGAAGAAGCGUGACGAGAUGCAUUAUUACAUGGAUCAUUCUCUUGGUCACAAAGUUGGUCAUGAUUACUACCAGAGCUCACAACACCCGAACUGGCACAACAGUAACCCCACAUCCGACCAUGUAGUCAAGCUCAACCAACCGCCUGGCAUGGGGCCCCCAGGCGGAGGCGGCUGGCUGGCACCGCCUCCCCCUCCACCGAUGAUGAGCAGUGGCGACAUGAGCUCCGGCUACUCAGGCCCGCGCCACCACCCGCCGCUGCCCCCUCCGUCGCCGGGCCUUGCCCUCGGCUUCAACAGCAGCACCUUCACAUAUGAUGAGCUGGCCGUCGCGACUGGUGGGUUCGCACAGGCCAACAUGUUGGGUCAGGGCGGGUUCGGCUAUGUGCACAAGGGGGUGUUGCCCAACGGCAAGGAGGUCGCCGUGAAGAGCCUCAAAUCAGGAAGCGGUCAAGGAGAGAGAGAGUUUCAAGCUGAAGUGGAGAUCAUUAGCAGGGUCCAUCAUCGCCAUCUCGUGUCGCUUGUUGGGUAUUGCAUUGCCGGCGGACAGAGAAUGCUGGUCUACGAGUUUGUUCCUAACAAGACCUUGGAGUUUCAUCUUUACCGGGAUGAUCCAGUGAUGGACUGGGCAACUAGGCUUCGAAUUGCACUAGGAUCUGCUAAAGGACUUGCUUACCUUCAUGAAGACUGCCAUCCUCGCAUUAUUCACCGCGACAUUAAAGCCGCUAAUAUCCUCCUGGACAACAACUUUGAAGCUAUGGUGGCUGAUUUCGGAUUAGCAAAAUUGUCCUCCGACAAUUACACUCAUGUCUCUACGCGUGUCAUGGGAACAUUUGGGUAUCUGGCACCAGAAUAUGCGUCGAGUGGCAAGUUGACGGAGAAGUCUGAUGUUUUCUCUUUCGGAGUUAUGCUCUUGGAAAUAAUUACCGGACGAAGACCGGUGGAUAUACAUAAUGUUAUGGAGGAUAGCUUAGUGGACUGGGCUCGACCGCUUCUAACGGAAGCAUUGGACCACGGGAACUACGAUGAACUGGUGGACCCAAGGUUGGAGAACAAUUUCAACCCCCACGAGAUGGCUCGCAUGGUCGCUUGCGCUAGUGCUAGCAUUCGUCAUUCUGCAAAGAAGCGCCCAAGAAUGAGUCAGAUCGUGAGAGCGCUCGACGGAGAUGUGUCCUUGGACGACCUGAAUGAGGGAGUGAGGCCCGGCCAGAGCUCGGUGUUCGGCACAAAUAGCAGCUCUGACUACGACGCGAGCUCGUACAAUGCCGACAUGAAGAGGUUCAGGAAGGUCGCUUUGUCUAGCCAAGACUUCGGAAGCAGCGACUACGGGGCUUCAAGCGGCGAGUCUAGGGAGAUGAGUCGCUCACCAAACAAAGCCUAGAACAUCGAAAAAUUUCGAGAAAAUGCCACGAAAUGGCAGGGAGAAAAAAAGCAUUUCUAAUAUUGAUUUUGAUUUGUUAUCGCGUACUAAUUGCGAGGUUAAGUUAAACAUUCCCAUGAUCUUCCCCAUGUUAGAAUUUCUCUUAUUCUAUAUGGGUGUAAUAUCGUUUUGUAUCACACAAAUAUAUGGGCAUGUGAGUGUUUAUAUACUUCAAGGUUUGAGCAAAACUAGCUCAUUUGUCAACUUAUAUGAUGUAAUAAUAUGUGAUGAUAU